CAGUUGACAAAAGGAUAUUCCUCAAAAAAUGUCAAAGACCCCCCGGACUUUGUAGAGCCCCUGAUUUCUGUUCCAGAGCACAAGCCGUUGAUGCCAGUGAAGGACCACUCUGUUCAGAACAACCCUGAUGCUACAAAAGAGACCAAUUUUAAGUCAUUGCUGGAACAACUUGAGAGUUUACGGGUGAAAGACGUUUCUUCUCCAGGUAACGUGGGCCAGUUGACAAAAGGAUAUUCCUCAAAAAAUGUCAAAGACCCCCCGGACUUUGUAGAGUCCCUGCCCCUGAUUUAUGUUCCAGAGCACAAGCUGUUGAUGCCAGUGAAGGACCACUCUGUUCAGAACAACCCUGAUGCUACAAAAGAGACCCAUUUUAAGUCAUUGCUGGAACAACUUGAGAGUUUACGGGUGAAAGACGAUUCUUCUCCAGAGCACAGGCCUUUGAUGCCAGUGAAGGACCACCCUGUUCAGGACAUCCCCAAUGUUGCAAAAUGGACCAAAAUGGUGCAAGUGGACCAGAUGCUGGAACAACUUCAGAGGAUGAAAGAUGAUACUUUCCCAGGUAAAGCUAAAGUCCCACAGAUGAUUGUGGAGAAACUUAUUCCUUAUCUACAGACUUACAAGCAAAAAGCAUUGCAAGGUGACAACAACGUCUUCAAAGAAAUUUUCAGGCUCCAGCUCCAAAAGCUCAGAAGAGCACCCUGAAGAUCAAACCCAGAGUCAACAUAUUGACUGACCCUUCUUACUCCGAGCCACUUGUGAAGGUUAACCUGAUUUUGUGGCUUGUUUUCUAUGGCUUCAUCGUAAUAGUGGUUCUCUAUGAUGCUGUGAGAAUCUCCAAGGAGGCUAGAAGGCGAUCUGAUGCUAUUGCCACUGCCAGGUUGAAGAAAAGGGAACCAGCCACCGCUGAACCACAGACACUGGCAUCCAGAGUUCGGGAGAGCAUCUCUUCACGGUUUGGUUUGAAACAAGCAUCAUCCACACCACAGUGUGCCCCCAUUUCUGACGAUUCUGCAAAAGAGUUGCAGAAGUCAAAGGAGUUCAUCUCCACUAAGGACAAAUCUGAGUCGGAAAAGAGACCUGGAAAGAGUGCUGUCAGCCUGAGAGAGUGUGAGCCGCCUCUGCCUAGCAUCCCAGAUAACUUCCUUGUGCCUGACUCUGAGCCUGCCAUCCAGGUGGCAUUGAACCCAUUCGACACCAAGCUAGCCAAAGUUGUAUCUGACAAUGCUGAGGCAUCCAACUACGAGGCAACCGAGAAGCCCUGCUACACACAGUCUGGGCUCACUGAGGUUUGCGUCAAUUAAGACUGAGGACUACUUCUUAAACCAAGUGAUAUUGAAUAAAAGCUGCAGAUAUUACAUCUCCAAAUGAGAUCACAUGGAGACUGUCACCUUUUGAAGACUUCCAUUUUCUGUUUGUAAUUUAAUUUCUUUAGAAUAGUAAUAAAAAUAUAUUGCAUUUAAAACAUAUGUUUCAAGUUAUUUUUGGGGUAUUUUGAUUUGUUGUUGUACUGUUGUGUUGUAAAUGCAAUAGGCAACAU